AUGCCUUUAAAAAAAAGACCACUUGUCUAGAAGCCAUUGAGCUGAUAUCGACAAAUUCGCCGUACCGGGAAAGUGAAACUAUAAUACGUGAGCAGUAUACGUGACAACAUGCCGGGUAAAAGAAAGAAAGGCUUUAAGAGCAACUAUAGGAAAGGCAGCAGCUCAAUACUUACAUCUAUAUAUAGACAAAGAACACCCGGGCAAACCCGACCCCAACCACUCUCCCAGUGUGGCACUCGGUCGGGGUCAAUGUAUUUUAACACAGCGUACGCUUUUGAUGAUUCGAAUAGCGAUGCAACCGAUACAGAUGCUGAAUCUGAAACUGAUUUUGUGUAUCGUAAACCACUGGAAUUUGAAUUGGCUGAACAGGCAGAGGAAAACUUUGAAGAAUUGGAUGGCAAAUUUUCGUCAACAAGAUAUGAACAAAGUCGUGUCUUUUAUGACAAUGACGAAAAUGAGUACUCUAGAGUUUUGCAAGAAGACAACAUGCAGUAUGGUUUGGAGCUUUCAAAUGUAGACGAAUAUCAAGACAGAAAAGAAAAGGAACCUUUCUAUGAGAGAAUGCUUUCAAAGGAAAUAUUGGAUGACACAUUGAAAAAGGAUCCACAUCGUUUUAAAAGAUGUAAAUUCACUAUCCGAAAUGCUCAUGAGUCCACCUGUAAAGUUUUGGAUUUACCAGACAUCGAUGGGCUGGAUGAAAUCCAGAUAUCGGGAAGAUCGAAAGCAGGGAGAACGUUUGAUGGGGACAUAGUGUUGGUCGAAGUUUACAAUCGUAAAAAAUACACUUCACAGUGUUUGGGUCGUAACAAAAGAGAAGUUAAGAGAAACAAUAAAUUACACAAAGUAUAUGGCAAAGUAGUUGGUAUAUUUGAAAGAAAUAUCGCCGAAAACAUCAAACAUCCCGUAUUUAUGUGUGUGCUUGAUGACACUUCCAACUUUCUAGUGCGACCCGUGUGUAAAACUGUUCCAAAGCUUAACAUCAUCCACGAUUUCAAAUAUCCAUACCACAUUCUCGUACACAAGUACGAUCCAAACUCGACCCGUCUCAAUUCCCAUUAUCGAUUUCAGAUUGACCCAAAAGUCAUUAAAAGCUUCACGUUUCAAGUUGUGUUUAUCAGAUGGACCGAGUUUUACCCUUAUCCUUUAACAGCGGUCAUUAAGGUUAUCAAAACGGAGGAGAUUCCUUCGUCGGCGUUACGAAACCUUCGCCUUCAACAUCAUGUUCCAAAAUAUUAUCGUAAGAACACCGUCAUCGAAACUGAAAGAACUGUAAAAAGAUUAAACCUAGCUGAAGUAGAAAAUGGAAAAGACAGGGAAGACCUAACUGGUUUAAAAGUUUUUACAAUUGAUUCAGUAGAUUCUAAAGAUCUUGAUGAUGCACUGAGCAUCGAAACAAUUGAUGAGGAACAUUAUCGAAUUGGGGUCCACAUUGCUGACGUUGGAGCUGUCAUUCUAAAGAAUGAUUCGAUUGAUUUGGAGGCUCAGGAAAGAACGUGUACUAUUUAUCCAGGACAAGGAAUAAAACCUUACCAUAUGUUACCGGAACCAUUUAGCACAGACAUAUGUAGUCUGAUCCCUGACGUAGCUAGACCAGCAAUUACAGUUCUAUUUACAAUAGACGAUGAAUUAAAGAUAGAUGAUAUAAAAGUAAAGAAAACUACCAUCAAAUCGGUUAAACGGUUUACCUAUGAAGAAGUUCAGAAAAUUAUCGACGAUGAUACCUCAGUCGGGGAGCUUAGUGAACGCAUCUUGCUUUUGUUUAAAUUUGCAAAAUCUUUGCGAAGAAAGCGCUUGAAAGAUGCUAUGUUUGCUUUUCCCGUAGAAACAAAGCUAAACGAUCCAACUAAUUCUGUACUGAGUUCAAGAGAAGCCCAUUAUCUUGUUGAAGAAUUUAUGAUCAUAGCAAACAGAUGUGUUGCACAGUAUUUGAGUAGAGUCUUUCCGGACGUUAUACCUUUAUGUUGCCAGGAAGCUCCAUCAGAAGAAAUGGUGAAUGGGUGGAUUGAACAAAAUAGUCCAAUUCUCAACAUGGUGCUUAGUCUGCAAGAUGUCAAGCUGACGAACGAGUACAAAAUAGGACUUAACCAAAUUCAAAACCAAAUCAAAUUUGAGGACGUCAUGCCUUUCCAAAAAUGGGUUUGGGAAAGUCUUUCGGAAAGUACAAAAGAAAAUGACAUGAAAACAGCAGCCAGAAUGAUUGGUACUGACGAACUUCAUCCAUUGCAGUGCUUGGCAUUAGAAGAAUGGACAUCCUUCCAGGAAACAACUGUUUACAAAUGUUCUGGCAAAUGCAAAAGAGAGGAGAUGAUUCAUUUUUCUUUGGAUAUGGACUUGUAUGUUCAUUUUACAUCACCAAUCAGAAGAUAUCCUGAUUUAAUUAUAAAUCGAUUAAUUCAUGCAGCUUUGGAAAGCAAACAAUGUCCAUAUCUACUAGAAGAAGUUCAUGAUCUUUGUGAAAGAUUUAAUAGUACUAUCCUUAGGGCAAACAAUUUUAAGAAGCAAUGUCAAUUAAUGAAAUGGGGAUUUCAGCUGAAAAAGACCCCACACAUAGUGCAUGGCUUUGUGAAAGAAUUUACGGAGAAAUCUGUUUCAAUCAUCAUUCCUGGAUUAGGGAAUUUACCAAUGUACUGCAAAGAUAUUCCGCUCAACCUUCUACAUUUAUCAGAAAAACCAACAAUUUCUAACAUAUUAGAAGAUGAAGAGGAACUAAUGAUAUUAAAAUGGUCUCAAAGGUUGUACGAUGUUACUAGAAAACCAGUCACAAGUGCUGUGCUGUCAGAACCGAUCGACAGAGAAGCAGUUUGCAAACAAAUUAAUCCUCAUACCAAAGCAAGAUUUGUUAUGCAAGAAACGUGGAAAACAAUUCUGAACAUGAUUGUUGAGGAAAAUAUAACUGGUCUAAAACAUUUUUUUGCUGAGACACAUAUUGAUGAUAAUUUUGGAUUAGAUGAAGACAAAUAUGAUUUUGUCGAUGCUUGUAAAAACACUGUUCUUGAUCACUCAUCCGAGGUAGAUAAUGGAAAUAUCAUCAAACAAGGAUGCGAAUACAGUCUGUCAUUUUCUCGCGGUCAAAUCGUAACCGUUCAACUAUCAGCAGAACCUGAAAAGGCGAUUUUAUCCCCCUCCAUGCAACUUUUUGAUAUGACUAGAAGUAUAAAGCACUGUCUUCAGCAUACGCGUGACCCAAUCAAAUUUCUUUCAGAUUAUUCUUUUUUGAAACCAUGGAAGAUAUAUUAUUCGCCAUCAAUAUAUUUGUCUAUAUGGUUGCCAUUGUAUGAAAUGGAAGCUGUUACUUCUGCAGUGGAUGAGGAUUCGAUUACAAUCAACAAUGUAUCGGUUGAAUUCAAGGACAAACGCCAUGGACACUUUUACUUAUCCCGGAGGUUCUGUGACCAAAGGGAUAUAGACUUUAGUACCAUGACGGAUGAAUUUAUAAUAUCUGGUGAAGAUGACUUGGAUCAACCAGAAUUCUUGAACAGUAGUUUUAUUUGCCUAAAAUCUGAACACGUGUACAAAAAACCAAGUAAAGCAAGAGUAAAUGUACCUUUAGAUCCUGGCGAUAGGUUAAAGUGGAUUCUUCACGGGCAGGUAACUGUUGUUGAAAAAAUCAAACACAGAGCGAAAGAUGAGACAAUGGAACAAAAUCCCGGUCAAGGAAAUUCAACUAAGAAUCGAUUUAAAAUAAAAUUUAAACUUCAUGACGAAAGCAGCGAUCCAAGUGAUGGUAUGCUGUACGAAGAAAAUCCUUCAACUUGUUCAGUGGAAAUCAUCCCAAAAUCAGAAACAGACGUACGAAUAGAAGCUAUACUUAAGUGUUUAGACCAGUCAACUGAACUUGCUCGGAAAAUCGCGCUGAACAAAGGAAAGUGGAAUCAUUUAGAUUCCCGGUACAGUAAAAUAGCAAAAGAAAUGCGCGUUGAAGUUAACACCUCAAACAUUGUCCUAAACAACGAAUACCAAAGAAACGCCAUCAAAAAAGCUCUGAAAUCAACUUUUACUCUUAUUCAUGGACCUCCAGGUACUGGUAAGACAUAUACAGGUACCAAGCUCGUCUACAUAUUCAAUGAAAUAAACAACAGAAUGCAAACAGAAGGACAUGAUAAGAAGCAAUUGGUGUUUUGUGGACCAAACAAUAAAUCAGUUGACCUUGUUGCCAGAUGGAUGUACCAGAAAUACGGAAACGACUGUCCCGAUAUUGUUCGCAUUUAUGGAAACUCCUUGGAAAACAAGGACUUUCCUACUCUUGGAAAGUAUUUUUCCAAAAGAGCAUCGGCAAGAGAAGCAAAACCAGAUCCACAGCUAAAGGACAUUUCUGUUCACAGAUUGAUACGAUUAGAGAAUAAACCGUUUGCAGAAGAAAUCCGAAAAUUCGACGAAAAGUUUAGAAAGUACAAUGAAGGACAAUACGAACCAACGUUGGAAGACUUGAAAAAAUACAGAAAAAUAACUAGCCAAGCAUCACAGGAGGAAUUGAAACAGCAUAGCGUCAUCUUCUGCACUACUGCUGUUGCUACCAGUCCAAGGUUUAUAAAGGCUCUUACUGGACGCAUCCAGCAGUUAGUUAUAGACGAAGCUGGGAUGUGCACUGAACCAGAGAGCAUCGCAGCUAUAAUUGCUUCAAAAGCUGAACAAGUAGUUUUGAUUGGAGACCAUAAACAACUCCAACCAGUAUUGAAGUCCACUUUUGCAGCAAAGCUUGGUCUUCGAAAAUCCCUUUUUGAACGAUACUGUGAUCGAGCCAUGAUGUUACAGAUUCAAUACCGUAUGCAUCCAGCGAUAUGUGAAUUUCCCUCCAAAGAAUUCUACGAUGGUAAACUGCUGACAAGAUCUUCACCGAAGUGGGACAUCUCUAAUCCUUUGAAGAUAUGGAUUAAUCGAGACAAAAAACCCAUUGUGUUUUGCCACGUCGAAGGAGAAGAGGAAUAUCUUACUGUGUCAGCAGAGGAAGGAAAUGAACAAUCUUGCAGCAAUAAACAGGAGGUCGACAAAGUGGUUAAGAUAUUAAAGCAUCUGGUAAAGCAUGAAAGACUUGACCUGUCGGAUGAAGAGAACCUAAAUAUAAUGUCCCAAUACAAUGCCCAGUGUCACCAGAUCAGACUCGCUGUCUCCAACAUCGCAGAGAAAGUAAAUGUCAACACAGUCGUGGCCAGCCAAGGAGGAGAAUGGAACUAUGUCAUCUUCAGCACAGUUCGAUCUUUGCCACGAUACCGUAUAGAGAAGAGACCUACUCUGGGUUGGUGCGCAAAAAGUCUUGGCUUCAUUUCUGAUGCGCAUCAAAUUAACGUCGCACUGACAAGAGCCAGAAGAGGUCUCAUUAUAAUCGGGAACAAAUAUCUUCUUGCAAGCAAUCCGGUAUGGAAAAGACUUAUCGAACAUUACGCUUCACUUGGCUGUGUUGUAGAUGAAGACGAAGAAUUUCCUAAGAGUCCAUGA